AUGUACGUCUUGCUGGGCAUGAACCUUUCUAUGUCCGCUUCCUUGCUGUUGCCUCUGCCAGUUUCAAGGCCUGCAGUGUUUCUUGUGAAGUGGAGUAGAUCGCCAGUGGGCCAGGCAGUCACUGGCACCUUCUGUUUCUUGUUGGUUCUGAUGGCGAUGAACCCCCUCUACGAUAUCUACACAAUUCACCAGCACAAGGACGCGCAAAUAAAAAGCAUCACGUCGAAGAACCGCAGGGGUGUUGAGGCGUCAGCGCAGUUGAGUCUCCUGCUGACAGUGGGCAACAUGAUCUUGCCACUCAUCAAUAGAGGCUUUGGCUUGGCGCUAGCAGAGAUUGACGAGAUACGUUGCAAAUUUGGGGACGGUGUGGCACUCAUCAAGGCAACCAGGACAGAUGUGGGCAGGACAGUGGUGGUGACGAUCGCUGGAUUCCUCAGUAUCCUUCUUGCCAGCCCGCUCUACGAUGUCUACUCCCUGCACUCUCAGAAAGAAAAGUCGGACUCUGCUGAAACGCUGAUGUCUGAGACCCGCAGGGAGACUGAGGCCAGCGCGAAUCUGAGCCUGACGCUGACAGGGAUGUGCCUGGCGCUGCUGGUAAUCGUGCGCGCAUGGGGCCUGGCACUUGCUGAGGUGGAUGACUUGCGCACCAAGUAUGGCGUGGCAGGCGUGACAGACCCAGAGCCCCCCAAGGUCGAGGCCAAGGUGGAGUGA